UUUUACAGCACUUUGCUACAGACAGCAAUAGGCAUUAUCCCUGCUCUUUUCUUCUUACUGUCUACCUCUGAGUCUCCUGCUCGUUCUGAGGGAGACUUUGGGUGAGUGUGGUGCAGCCGGAUGGACCCCCAAGAGGAGAGGCAGCUCAAGCCAAUCUAUGCUGCCCUCGAGACGAAUUCGCUCAAGAGUGCCUUGCAGCAUUGCAAUAAGUUGCUCAAGAAGAAGUCGAAUUGGGAUAUCGUAAAGGCCUUAAAAGCGCUCGCCCUCCAGCGCGGGCUCAAGACCGAGGAAGCAUCUCAGCUAUGCGACGAGAUCCUUAAGAAUAAGCCUUCGGACGAGAGCACCCUGCUUGCGCUCAACCUCACCCUUCGACCUCUGGGACGCCACGAAGACAUCGUCACUCUGUAUGAUGAUGCAUUCAAGAAACACCCGGAUAAUGAGGAGAUUGGGGCACAAGCUUUCUUGGCGAUGAUCAAGGUCAGGAGUUGGAAGACCGCCCAGCAGGUUGGAUUAAAGCUUUGGAAAACGGUCAAGCAUGACCGGUAUUUGUAUUGGUAUCUCAUGAGUGUGACCCAGCAGGCCUCCGACCCCGAAACCCCCGAGCAGAUGUCCAAGAUCCUCCUUUCCCUGGCUGCACGCUAUCUCGCAACAAGCGACACUCCCUCAUGGAUCGUCCCCGACCGAUUCCACUUGCAUCUCCAGGUUCUUCUCGGCUUGGGAGAUGUGACCACCGCCCGGCAGCUGCUGGAGAGCGAGAAGGGCGAGGAACUAUGCAGGAACGGUCUGGUGCUCGAGGAUGUGAGAAGGGGACUGGCGAAGCGUGUUGGGGAUUGGGAAGGGGAGAGGUUGCGGUGCAAGAAGAAGGUUGAGGCAGGGGACGGGAAUUGGAACAAUUAUUUGGCUAUGUUGGAGGGGACGUUCAUCGUCCCUGAAGUGCCAGUUGCGAACGGUGAAACGAAUGGAGAUGCGGAAAAAGAGAAACACGAGGAAACCAAGGUUGAACUAGCUGCCCUCCCUCCACUGCAAGAGCGUAUCGCCAGCGCUCAAGCUCUGUUCACGUCUCUCGUCGCCCAAGUUGGACGAAAGGAGCGCGCCCCUUCACUUGCCCUCCUCGAACUGGAAAAACGGACUCGUGCACUCGAACCUCUUCUCACGACGGGAAGCCCUCCUCGGGUGGACCAGAUGAAGGUCUACCUGGAGAAGUUCUCGGAAAAACCGUGCUGCUUCGACGAUUUGAAACCGUUUGUAGAGGUGCUUGGAGAGGAGGAGCUGGGCAAGUGGAUAGAGCAUCUGAAGAGCUGGACACCGGACGUGACAACCCCUCAAGCACUCGAAACUACCUUGACCAUCCAAAAGCUACUCCGCCACCGGCAGUCUACCACUGGGGAGCCCACAGCCGAGCAAGCGUCCUCGCAAGCGUCGUCGCAAGCGUUCGCAUUCCUCAAGCUGUACCGCGACGCCCUUCCGCUAGGGAAGGAUCUGAAGCCUGUCGAGCUCCAGCCGGCAGACGACUUCUGCUUCCUUGCGGCACAGGCGUUUGUCGGUGCGUGGGCGCGGGACGGACAGCUCAAACAUCUUUGGCAAGCAGUGUGCGUGCUUGAAUAUGGGCUUGUGAAGAGCGAGAAGGCGUACCAACUCAGGCUGUUGUUGAUAUGCUUGUAUCGGUUACUUGGCGCUUCUUCCCUCUGCUUAGAUCACUACCGGGAAACCAACGUCCGCACCGUACAACAUGAUACUUUGUCCUGGCUCGUCCUGAAUCGCGCUACCACGUUCUCGACCUGCGCGAGUGGGGACAUCUCCUACCUCACCGAGUGCCUCGAAGCGAGUGCGAUCUAUGCUGAUAACUGGACCGAGACGGGAGAGAUGAUCACCAAGGCGUUCCAAUACGAGAAGUACUCGCAGAUCCCGGACUUCCUCAAUUUCGAGGAGCUUAUCGAGAACUCACUUCAGAGGGACCUGAUCCGCAUCGAGCACUUGCGGAUGACGCUUACCCACGAGUUGCUCAACAACGUCGAGAUGCUCGGCAUUCCGCAGGAGAUCCAGGACCUGGAUCUUAACUUGCAACGCAAGUCUAACCCGGACAACCGGGACUUCUCCGUCAUCCCGAAUAUGCAGCCAAUGGGACAGGAGAUCCUCAAGCAGGUCGAGCUUGGACCGAAGUGCAUGGCCCCUUGGGUUAAUGUGUUCUCCAAAAUAUAUCUUAGGUCUCUGCGUGCUCUGUCAAACGUGUAUAAUGUCCCUGAAAGCUUCACCGCGUCAAUCAAGGACAAGACAGAGUUCACGAAGGCCGAAAGAGCUGUGAUGACACUGUCGGAUGACCUUCUGGAGUGGCUAGCCCCGAUCUCAGCUCUCCCUGUCGAGUCAGACGGCAAGCUCACCAAUGGUCACGCCAACGGUGUCGAAGCAGUUUCACCUGUUCUACUGUUCCAAACCGAGCCUACAAAGGAAUCGGCUUUGGAGGCUAGCAAGCGGGUGACUCAGUUCUUCGACGACGAGUGGGCAGAACUGCAAAAGCUUGUGGAAGCAAAUGCCCUCCCAUGGGAGCUGCUUCACAUCGUCUCCAUCGCGCUCGAGGGUUUUGUCCUCGUUGAUCUCUUCACAUAUCCUUUCAAGGUUCCCAGCGGCCGUGCAAAGAAGGGAGAUCCCGUGUUCCAGAGUGUCAAGGCUGUCCGCCAGCAUGCGGUGGAUAUGCUGAAGAAGUUCUCGGAGGAGUUGACGCGGUUAUCGCACGAGUGCGGCUCCAAGCCGUUGGCAGAAUUCGAAGGUCUCUGCGAGCCUCUUGUGAAGGAGGCCGAGUUCAGGCCCGACUUCGUGCACAAAGUCGGGAAGAAGUUACUGGAGUCACGAAAGAAGAUGAUGGAAGGUAUGGCGAAAGGGAUUGUACGACGGUGUAUUUAAUGGAUCUUGCCGAGGUCAUGAUCGUUCGGUUGCUGCACACCCCUCAUUCAUACGAUUCCUCUCUGACAAGUCAUUUUGAUCCGCAAUGCAUACGUUAUUACAUC